AUGGGACUUCUCAAUCUGCGCAACGUCACGUCUCUCUACCUCUCUGCAGUCUUGCUCUUUUACGUCCCACCGUUCAUCGAGUACAACAACGCGGUGCGAGUCGACUUGAAGAACUCGGUCGAGCCGCUCGAUGGGACCAUCGUCGACUUGCUCGAGAGCUGGUACGUCCGGGGCACAGGGGCCAUCACGGGCGGGCUCCUCCUCAACAUUCUGCUCGUGCUCGCCUUCGACCAGAUUGUGCACCGCCGCUUUUGGCGGCGCAUGGCCAACAACAGCCUCGCGCGCCAAGCCAUGCUCAACAGCACAUCGAUCCUCAUGGACUUUGUCUCGGACGUCGAUGCGAACGGCGCCGUCCUUGUCUGCAAGGCGCGUCGCCUUUUGACGCUGCAGUGGUACUUUCUAUCGCAAUUACAGACGUUUGGACUGCCAGAGAAGGACCUUGUGCGCGCCAAGAAGCUCGCCCAGCAGCGCCGAGUGCCGUCUGUUCAAUCAACGACAACAACGUCGACAGCCGUCGAUGCGUCGCCAGACAUGCUCUGCACAAUCGCCCAGGACAGUGGCCACCAUCUACACCUUCUCGACGACCAAUUUGUCGACAUGACCAAUCUCGUCCUGAAUAUCAAAGUGCUUAAAGACACGUCCAUUACCAUUCACUGA